CCCUCCAUCAAGUCUCAUUGCUGGGCUCGUAUUUCUACCAGUAUACGACCUCCUCGACGCUCGAGCUUUGUCGAGCUUCAUGACCUCCCUCACCCGACCCCAGCAUAACCGUCGUCGAUCGCAUUCCGCUUCUCCCUCGCUUUCCGGUUCUCUUCAUCUUGAUGAAGACAAGUGGCGUAAAGCUACCAGACGAGCGCGUCCGAGUGCUCUUCGUGUUCCUUCAUAUAAAAAUAUCAAGUCCGAUCGUCCUGAGAAGUGGGAUGUAGAUUUGUGGAGGCGUGGAAAGAGAAUCCGGAAGGGUCCUUCGUCUCCCAAAAACGCUGCAGCGAGCAUUUUCGAUUUCGCACCCAGCAUCCACGAUGCAGACUCGUUCAAUCGUGUCUCUUCAGGACUGCCUUCCACGUCCGCCGCAUUUGAGCUCUUUCCGCACAACUCACGAAGAAGCACACGUUCUCCAAGACAUACCCCUCGAUAUUCUGAACCGUUCACUCAGGUAGAUAUAGAAAUACCCUCUGUCGAGGACACCAGCAGAUUACGCACGGACGCAUUUUGGGACCUCCGGCGCAGUAUUGCAGACAGUGGUGAAGGUCUGGUUAGCCGCAUGCGCGAAUGGGAGUCCACCCGAUCACAGCCCGUUGACUUAGGAUCCGGGUACUCGCAGCAAACACGAGGAAGGAAACGCGUCGCCUCUCAGGACGACCCGAGUUUCUCCACAGAUUCCGAUGCUAUGGAGGAUGAUGAGGAUGACAUCCUCAUCGUUUCCCAUGACGAUUCCUCACUAGGUCCACCGCCGCGCAAAAAGCGCGCAGUCUCCUUAGGCCUCAUGGACGUUGAUCCUUUCCCAGAUCACAUGUCUUUCACAUCACCAGCCGAGAGCGAGCGCUGCCAUUCUCCUUCAUCAGUAGAUGUUGCAGAAGGCGAGAAACAUUUCGCUUCUUCACUACAGGGCUCGUCUCCGAUCACUCCGCCUCUCACCCACGCAUCUGCCAAUUCCUCUCAAGUCUCAUUGCCGCUUUCUGCACCCUCCCUCUCGUAUUCUUCCCCGCCCACUCAAUAUCCGGCUAGCGCAGGUUCGUUGCCGGGGUCUACUGCAUCUCGCUCAGAGAAGGCGAUAGCCGCAAUCACAUUGGCAAUGGCGAAUGGUGCUGGCGGACUGAACGAUUAUGCGGACGUCCUCAACUUUGAGGGUGGAUCACAACCAUCCAUAGACGAUUCCCUGGUCGGAGAUAUGUGGCAUUAACUCGUCCAUGAUACGGCCUCUUUCGCUUCGUGCGAACGAAUGGACACGAAGAGUUUCGUGAUAAACCUAGAAUCAUUCCUGAUUGCAGCGCACAAAGGACAAAACGUAUAGGAGAUGCCCUUUAACUUAUUCUGAAAGAUCCAAUUCUUCUUCCAUUCUUCAUACCGCAUCUCCCCAAAACCAUCCAUGUUCCUUCUGUAUUCAUUUCAUUAGUCUUGCAAGUUUUCUUAUUGGGCAUCGUAAAAUACUCAAGAUUGAAGGCAUUUUUUCAUGAAUCAUAGCUUACGAAAUAAUUCUCUCUCGCGUUUCCUCUCACAUCUUUUCUUGCCAAAGUCAACUGUUGCUAUAUCCAAUACUUUGCAUUAUUAUCCUACUCAAACAACAUCCUGUGUAUACCUACUACGAAUACCACCAAACGGACCAAAUGGACGUUCUCUUAUGUCAAUCGAUAAUUGUCAAUAUAUUCGAAUCCUGUCU